AUGUUCAUUGUCACAAUUAGUAGUCGAUUACGUAGGCAACAGGUCAAGCUCUGCCAGAUUUCCAUUCUGAUUGUCACCCAGAUGAGAUACCACCAAAACCCACUAAUUCCUCUUCAACUCUAUGCAUUCCUGUUGGGGUGUCGAGACUUUUGCGUAUUAGGGUUUCUCGAAAAGAAUGGUCCGUUUUCACUGCUGGUGGGUGGUGUCCAACGUGCGGAUCAGCGAGCACAUCGUGCGACCCCGGGUCAUCUAUCUCUGGUCGAUUCUGACGCGCCAAGACACAGCCCAUUUCUCCGCCAACAGGGUCCAUAUUUGGCCGUGAUAACCGAUCAAUAUUCGUGUGACAGCGACGACCAGCUUGAACAGGCCCUCACUUGUCUAAACCAAGCAGUCUCGACCAAGAUGGUAGACGUCGUCUCCGUACGUAUCCAAAAACGGGACGCGUUCGACCGCAAUCAGGAGCGCCGGGUACUCAUGUUGGCGAAGCAACUGGUUUCCUGGUCAAUUGACUAUACGUUUAGUGUAGUACUGUCGAGUGACUGGAAGCACUUGCUAGCGACGUCGGGGGCUCAUGGUGUUCACGCCAAGGAAUUGAACCGCGAUUGCAUCGUCGAGGUCCGCAGCCAAUAUCCCAGCGCUUUGAUUGGAACUUCGUGCCACAGCGUCGAAUCCGCAAUGGAAGCCUAUCAUACCUAUCGAGCUGACUAUAUAUUUGUCGGUACGUGCUACCUGUCGGAUUCACAUCCGGAAAAGGAGACGGCUGAUUUGGAAGGUCCCGAGUUACCGGGUAUUAUCCGGCAAAAACUCCAUGAUCGCGCAGCGAUGGAUUUAGACUCGAACAUUGCCGUGCCCAAAGUGCUGGCAAUUGGUGGGAUUGAUGCCACCAAUUGCCAUAUUCCGGUCCAAACGCACGGAGCUGAUGGCGUGGCUGCAAUCAAGUCAGUUUUGCAAGCUGCCGAUCCGUACGGUACCGUUCAGGCUAUCAAGACAAGCAUGAGUCGGCCAUUAUAA